AUGAAGCAGCACCAAACAGGUUACCAGGAACAACAGCAAGCAAAGAACAGCACGGAAACAGGUAUCAGGAGCAGCAGUCAAGAACAAAAGCAGAAACUAACUAACGACGGAACAGGCAGCAAAAACAGCAGAAAGCACGGCCUAACAACAGAACGCAAGCAAACGAACGCAGAAACUACUCAACGGAGGAACAGCAAGCAAACACAAAAACAGCCGAAACAGCUUCAAGAACAGCUGCAAGAACUGCAGAAACAGCUACAGGAACAGCAGCAAGAACUGCAGAAACAGCUACAGGAACAGCAGCAGCAAGAACAGCAGAAACAGCUACAGGAAACAGCUGCAAGAACAGCAAACGAGAACAGCGCAGAACAGCAGAAGACAGACAGCACAGAACGCAAAAAACAGAACAGCGCAGAACACAGAACAGCUACGAACAGCUGCAAGAACAGAGAACGCAAGAAAACAGAACAGCUACGGGAACAGCUCAAGAACAACAGAAAAAACCAGUUAAAACAGAACAGCAAAGCAAGAAACAGCAGAACAGCUACAGAACAAGCAAGAAAACAGCAGAAACAGCUACAAGGAAAACAGGGCAAAAGCCUAAAAACAAAAGAAAAGGCAGCAGAACAAAGCAGAAACUACAGGAGAAACAGCAGCAAAGAACAAACAGAAACAGCUACAGGAGCAGAGGAAGUACAGCAGAAACAGCAGAAACAGCUACAGGAACAGCUGCAAGAACAGCAGAAACAGCUACAGGAACAGCUGCAAGAACAGCAGAAACAGCUACAGGAACAGCAUCAAGAACAGCCAAGAAGAAACAGCUACAGGAACAGCUGCAAGAACAGCAAAGAAAACAGCCUACAGGAACAGCAGCAAGAACAGUGA